CGCCCACCGAACCGCUGCUCCCGGGCAUGGUUCCGUUCACUGAGCCCCCGCGGCGGGACGUUGAGGCAAAUGAGGCAUCAGCGGGGGCCUCCUGGAAGACGCCGUCCACUACGAGUGAGCCAGCCGAGGAGGACUUGACCACCGAACAGCCGGGCGUGGGAUACGGCAAUGCCAGCGGUGACUCGGUGACUGCCGAGGAUCUGUUGGCGCUGCCGUUCCGAAGACCCGCGAAACCUGAGUGCGGCGCUGUCUUCUACACGCACUGCCGCAAGCCUCGGCGUGAGUUCCUCUACCGCGCGUCACUCAACGCCUGCCUGGCCACCGCCGACGAUCGGCCCGCGCAGCUCUGCAACCGCGGCACCAACCGGUUCACCUCGUGGCGCGAAUGCGAGUCGAGCUGCGUGCUGACGGAGCCACCGCUCGAGGCGUGCCUCGACAAGACGCUGCUACUCGGAUGCAGGAGGCAAGACGUCCGCACCAGCUGGUGGUGGUUCGACGGCCGGGUGUGCCUGGCCUGGAACUUCCCUGCGGGCGGAUGCCCUGCCAACGGCAGCGCCGUGUUCGCCACGGCCGACCAGUGCACGGCCCGCUGCACAAACCCACGAUAUCCGCCCUGCACCGCACCGCGUACUCAGCCCUGCUCCAGCGAGCAGCUCAAGUUCCCCUUUUUCGCGGCAGAGGCGCCUUCGUCGGCGGUGCAGGGACGGAGGCACUGCUUCAGGCUUACCCGGCGCGUGCUAGAGUCACACCGGUGUCUGACCGGUGCCAACCGGUUCCUCACCAAGGCUGCCUGUGAAUCGGCCUGCAAGAAGAAGGCACCGUCAACCCGACCGUAGCCGCAGGUCCUGCGCUGCGGUCAUUUGUAUAUGUAACAAUACA